AUGGUCGUCUUGAUGACGGCAACCACCAUCUAUGCCGAUGAUCGUAGUCGGCAUCAUCAGCCUAUUCAUGAAAAAUUGAGCAUUGAGCAAGGUUAUUAUACUCGUCUUGGUGAACCCACCCCAUUUGGAUACAUCCACUACAUGGAAGGCACAUUCCGAAGGUUUUUGCCUGAUCAACCCGUACAUCAACAACAACAGCAAGACGCUGGUAUCGAACAAGAGUUUCCCGAUUAUGUCUUAACGGUGCUUUCCAAUGUCAAUUAUACAGCUGCCGAUGCACCCAUUUACUUUGAGGGUCUAGUGAGCCGAUCCACUUUUAUGCAACUCGACCAUCACUCGUUACGAAGGGCAGCUAUCAUGCUUCAAUUUACAACGUAUGCAUUUGAUGAAGCAUCCCAAUCAUGGUUUCGACGAUUCUAUAGUGGUGAUCGACUUCGAGGACGAGUGGGUGAAGCCUUGGUGGAUCCUGUUGAUGCGGGUGAACGCUUUAAGCUUGUUUUGCGUAUUGAUCCACUUCCAGGGCUCAUGCAGCGCUUAUGGAUUGCAAGGAAUGCAGAAGAAACACCGCGUGGCGUGUUUUGGGGACCCAAACCAGAAGAUACAAAUGAAAAAUUCCAGCAAAUUGUCAUGAAUGACAUUGUGUUUUAG